AUGUCGAGGACCAAUGAGGAGCGGGCGCGCGCCGUCUCCACGGUGACGCUGCGCAAGGGGGAGAUUUCAGGAGGCGGCGGAGCAGCGAGCGGCUGCGUGAUCAUCCGCACUGGUCGUCAAGAGGAGCCAGCUGAGGGCAAUGUGGAGGCUCAGAUCUUCUCAGACGCACUGAUUCAAGCUCCAGUCUCGAGAGCCGAUCACCGGCUGUGGAUCGUCAGCAGCAGUCUAUCAUCUCUGCCUUCCCGCCUCCGGCAGCCUCCGUCGCCUGCGAGAGCGAGAACAAACCAUUCAACAACGUCGAAAGUCGCCUACUUCAAGAGGAAGUAUGCGGAGGAGGAGGAUUUACACGGGGGCCUGCGUGGAUAUUUUCAAAAACACCUGAUCCUGCAGGAGGACCGCAGCUGCAUCCUGAAGCUGUCCCUGGAGAAGCUGAGGUUCCUGGAGGACCCCGAGGCCUACCUGCGGCGCUCCGUCCUCAUCAACAACCUGCUGAGGAAGAUCCACCAUGAGGGGGAGGAGCCCGAGGAGGGGGAGGAGCUGGAGCCCGAGGAGGGGGAGGAGGAAGAAGAGGAGGAGGAGGAAGUAGAGGAGGAGGAGGAGGUGAUUGGAGAGGGUGGGCGGCGGAGGCUGACGUACCCGGACAGGAAGCGAGUGAAGGUGCUGGUGACGGACUGCUGCUCCCCGGCGUUCGGCCUGGACGACCUGCAGCGUUACCGCCUAGUGCCCUGUUACCCGUCGGCCGGUUGCCUGUACAGCCUGGGGACCUGCCCCGGACUCGCCCCGGGCCACCAGGUCCUGCUGUACGACCUGGACGACAACGGCUGACGCUCGGGGAACCUCACCGUCCAACGCCUCUGAUCGCAAAAGCUGGGGAAAAGGCAAAUUCCUUUUUCCGGUUUACCACCAAAAGCCCUUCAGGGGGGUCGCCAUCGGCAGGACGUCGCCUCGGAGGUGAGACGCUGAGGGACCCCGAUUCUUCUUCUGCCUCAGAACUCUACAGGGUUUUCAAACAGUGUCAAAUGUGAAAAGACGCUGAGCCGGAUUAUUUUUCUUAUUUUAUUUUCUAUUUUGCUAUUGCCGUGGUGUUGACGAUAUUUGACGUCGCCGUUGCUCGUGUGAACACAGUGAGCGUAUUCAGGGAUUUACAGAAAUGUGUGCGUGAUAUGCUCCUGUGAUCUUUCUGUCUGUGACCCCUCCGAGGUGCUUUCACUGCCCGUGGGACGACGUGUUCGAUGUCCUGUGCUCACUCAGUGGAAUGUUGGUUUGUUUUUGUCAUCGUCACGUCACGCUGCUGCUCUCUGCUGCUCUCUGCUGGUCAGCGGAUGAACGUGGAGAAGCUCCUCUCCAUCAGAGUGAAUGACGAGAAGAACAAAAAUGGUGACACUGCAGUUGUAAGCAGAUAUGAUAAUUUUUUAUGGAUGUAUUUUCACACCGCUAUAACUCUGACACCAGAAUUUCCCAGCUUGGGAUGAAUAAAGUAUUUAUCUAUCCAUCUAUCUCCCAUAAGUGGAAUCUGAUGUGUAUCUGGUAUAAACUUCAUAGAAGUCACAUUCAUAAUAAAGUCUAUCAAAACAUA